GUUUUAUAUUUUCAGAAAUUGUUGACGAAACCUGUUUUGAAAGGCAGUCAACUUUUGUACAAUUUUUUCACUGCCGAGACAGCAUUUGAUUUUGGAUUAGACAUCAAAAUAGGUCGUGCAAUAAAAUCUGGUGCAAGAAAACUUGUUAAAGAGAAAGGACAGCACCUUGAGACAUUUCUGUGUGGAUUUGAGAGAAGUACAGAGCCUCCAAACCCUCGACCUGGGAAACAAGAAAGGAGAGAUUCCGGAGCAUCAUUAUUGUCAAAUUCGAGUCUUAAGUUAUGCCAGACAAUGUUUGAGAACAACGCUAAUGGUAUAGAUAGGCGUGACCAUGUGGACGGUGACUUGUUGGUAGAAAAAUCAGAGGUGGAAGGAAUUUAUGAUUCCUUGAUUUAUAUAGCAAGGUAUGUUUAUAGAGUUCCGGACUGGUGCCAUCAUUUGUUGUACACUGCACGUAUGUUUGUGAAACAAACUUUAGAAGCAUAUUUAGACUGGUACACUGACUAUAAAGUUCACAUGGUCACACGGGAACACAGGCUGGUCUCCCUAAUUCACCUACUUAGAGAUGUGCUUUUCUUCGACAAUGACCCACCGAGGACAGACGAUGAUAAAAGAAAACGUUUCCAAGAAGUGACGACUGGUUGCCUAAACUUCCUGCCAAAACCAGCGGUAUGGGUGAUAGGUGAGACUCCACAUAGAGAGGGAACUUUAAUGAUUCUACAUGCUUUACAACAACCUAAACUUAACAAACAGCUCAGUUACGUGUUCCUAGAUAUAUUCAUCACAGAAUUGUUUCCAGAGUUAAAGCAGUGAUCAACUUGAGUGAAUACAUGAAAUCAUCAGCAAGAAAUCGUUAUAUAUAGAGCAAUAAUGUUUUGCUUAACUCAAUAUUUAUAUUGUUCUGUUUGUGAGAUCUAAUUUUAAGGUUACAGUCAAAAUUUGAAAGUGGGAACGGGCAAUGAUUCAUAAUGUACAUAUCAUUCCUAUUUACCCGUAUGUGCUUAAAUCCAUAGUCUGCUGAAACCUAAAAUGAUAAACAUUUGCCACCAAUAUAAGGCUAGACCAACCUUCUCAUUUUUGAAGACUAACUAGCAUCUAUAUUAAUAUCAUACUAACUUUCAAUAUUCACUUUUGUAUCUCAAAAUUGAGAAUGGACAGUUGUCAAAGUGUAAUGUAAGAAAUUUAGCAGGUUAAAGGUUAACUAGCCUCCGAGUCUGAGUGGUGAAUGGCUACCUAACAUCGAUCCUCUACUCAUUGAGGGCAAUUUCCUUGCUAAAACUGUUUAAACCAGUAUUAUAUCAGAGGUUUAUCACAAUUUUGUUAUAACUUGUAUAUGUUAUGUCAAAUGACUAAAUUAAUGUUGUCAUUUAUAUGUAGUGGAUGUUUGUCUGUUUGGGUACAUUGUAGAUCCACUGUAAUGAUCAACUGAGUUGUUUGAAGGAAUAGAAAGAAGUGUCUGUUUUGUUCAGUAAACAAAUUACUAGCAGCUUAAAUAUUGUUUGUGUCAUUGAGUGAUUUUUUUAUUUAAUUCAUGUAAUACUACUUAGAUAUAGUAAUAAUGACGUGCAAUAUAUCUUUACAGGCCUACUGUGAUAAAUUAUGUAUUGAAAUGAAAUAUUGUAAUUUGAUUGACUUGGAUUCCUAUCUUAGACACAAUAAGAGAAAAAUUACAUUAGUUUAGAAAUGGUAUUGUCACUGAUCUGCUAUUUAUCGCUCUUGACCACAGUGGUUUUGAAUACUGAUAUAUUUUUACAAGUGCAUAGCGUCGAAAGGUUGUAAAAUGCCAUAGGUUUUGUUUAAGGGUAACGAAUACCUAAAAGUUAAAUUACUAUAUCGCUAGUACAGUUAGUUACACUUUAAAGACAUAAUUAUGUAAACCACUUCAAAAGAAUUUUUAAGGUGUUUGAUUGUUUUCCUCUUACAUUAAAAUCUUUAUUCCACUAUAACGUAUUCAUGAAGAUUUCAUUUUUAAUGGUUACAUAUAGAACAGAAAUUGAAAAAAAAUAUUGAUAUUUUUUUUAUCAAAGGACUAUUUGUGUAAACUUUUACGAUUAUUUUAAAAGAACUUAACAUUAUUCCAAAACAUAAACAAUAUCUCUGAACAAGAGAUUUUUCACAAUAUUAUUUGUUACCCUUCAUAUAUGAAUUGAUGAUUAACUGUUCAUUUUAGCUCGACUUGGGAGACCUAUUGUUUUCGCUCCGCCAUCAGCAACGUGCUUAAUUAAAGAUUUUGUGUGCUAGUUUGUAACUUGUGCAAGUUUGUUACUCGAAAAAUACACAAGAGAAUUGGCUGAAAAUUUAGACACUUACUUGGGAGCUUAUUAUGUGGUCACUAUCUAUACAAAACCCAUAGCUAUAACAUUGACUUUGACAGAAUUAUUGUCCUUUUGAAAAAUUCACAUUAUCCAGACUCUUGCUUUAUCGCCAGGCACUGAGAAUAGUAGAACACUCGGUCAUCAGACAACUCUUGUUACUUUAAAUUAUCUUGAAAUUUUAUAAGCUAAAACUUCUUGCUAUUAUGAUUGCUGCGGCGUCAUUGUAAUCUGUGUAAUUGUCUUUAUCACCGUGUCUAAUGUUGCCCAUUAUUCAAACAUCUCAACAUAAAACUUGGAAUACUUGCUCAUCAUGAUAAGGUACAGUCGUUAGACAAGGAGAAGAGUCUAAAAGCUAUAUAUUUGUCUCUUUUGAACUUUCAAUUUUUGGAAAUUUCUUCUUCAUGUCAAUGAAUUUAUAAUUGUGAAAUUUAUUAAUAUGUUCAUAAUAACAAGGUUUAUUUGCCAGCCAAGGGUAUCAUUCGUAAAGCUAUUUUUUGUUUAGAUAAUGUCCCUUCUUAGCAUAGAAGUUGUGUCAAAUUGCUUAUUAUGCUAAAUGUUCCAAAACUUAAAAUCUGCUCCCUCAUUUUUACAAUGUACAAUUGUAAAACUAGGUUCAUUAUCGUAAAAUCAAUAUUUUAGUAAGUCUAGAGGUAUUUAUCAUUAAGGCACUAUUUUUAUGAAUCAUGUCCAUUUUUAACUAAAAUAUGAAUAAAAUUGGAUUUUGAAAAUUAUUGCGAUUCUUGUUACAAGAAUGCGAUUGAUAUUUAUAAAAACAAUUUGAAAGUAUUUGUGUAUUAAGUUUAAUGUUCACUGUGUUAUUUAUGAAAAGAAAACUCAA